GGUUAUUAUUUUGUUUACAUCAAAUUGAAAACAUUCUGAAACGCUGAAUGAAUGUGAAACAAAAUCGACUUGAUUAGAUUUACUGCUGAGAGAAACAAUGUCUGACCUAAACUUUGAAACGCUACGUACAGAGUUCAAAACAAUUUUGUUACAAGCUUUUAAGAACAAAAAUGUAGAAACAAUCAAAACCAAAUCGAAGCAUUUCAAGAAAACAGAUAUCGAUUUGAAGAUCCCCUUGGAACAGGCCUUUCGUGAUAUUCUUAUAGACUUUUUAGAAUCUGAAACAGACGUCAACACUUUGAAGACCUAUGUGAACUUCUGUAUCGAAACUUGCAGGCAUGGGUUGAUAACCUCAACAUUACCUGUACAGAUUUUGAGCGAUAUCUUAGAAGCUCUAACUCUUGACGCUUGCCAAGAUAUGUUCUCAUUUGUGGAAGACAAUGUGUCUGUUUGGAAAGAAGAAUUAUUUUUUAGCGGUUGCAAGAACAACCUAUUAAGACUAUGUAACGAUUUAUUGAGAAGAUUAUCUAGAUCAACUGCUACAAUUUUUUGUGGAAGGAUUCUUUUAUUCUUAGCCAAAUUCUUCCCGUUUUCUGAGCGAUCUGGUUUGAACAUUGUCAGUGAGUUCAACUUGGAGAACACAACUCAAUACGGUUCCGAUUCGUCUCAAGAAAGUACUCUGGAAAUUGAAACAGGAGAUAAGAAAAAAAAUGUUGUUCUUGAUUUCACCUUCUACUGUAAAUUUUGGUCUUUGCAAGAUUUCUUCAGAUAUCCCGCUCAGUGUUAUGACAAAGUUCAAUGGAAAACAUUCUGUUCACACUCUCAAAGUAUCUUGAGUAUUUUUCAAGGGCUUAAGUUAGAAUAUGCGGGAAAAGGAAAUACAGCAUCUGAUCGCAAAGACAUGAUGUACUUCUCCAAGUAUCUGACAAGUCAGAAGUUAUUGGAUCUCCAGUUGUAUGAUAACAACUUUAGAAGAUUUGUUCUUCUACAGUUUUUGAUAUUAUUUCAGUAUUUAACAUGUUCAGUUAAAUUCAAAUCGGAAUCGUUUGAAUUGAAAAGUGAUCAGAAGGAUUGGAUACAAAGUACAACUGAAAAAAUUUACAAAUUAUUGAGGGAAACGCCCCCAGAUGGUGAAAAAUUUGCGGAAAUUGUCUCUAAUAUUCUUUCUAGAGAAGAACAUUGGAAUGCCUGGAAAAAUGACGGAUGUCCAGAAUUCAAAAAACAAAGUGUUGUUAAUGAACCUAUAGAAAAGUCCCAAAAUAGAAGCAGCAGGCCUUUAUUAGGAGAUUUGUUGAGACAAGCUAACAAAGAGAAGAAAUAUUACAUGGGAAGUAAUGAGCUCACAAAACUGUGGAAUUUGUGCCCGGACAAUUUGGAGGCUUGCAAAGGAAAAGAGCGUGACUUCCUGCCCACUCUGGAGAAUUAUUUCAAGGAGGCAAUUGAACAGAUCGAAUCUGGGGAAAUAAUCAAAGACGAAAAUAACCUAUUGAAAGAUGGUAAUUUUGGUUGGCGAGCCUUGAGGCUAUUAGCAAGAAGGAGCCCCCAUUUCUUCACGUUCAGCACAGUCAUCAUGAAUCAGCAGUCUUCCUAUUUGGAGAUGAUGGUGAAGAAGAUUGCUCAGGAACAGAAGUCAAAGAAAGAUGGUGUGAAUAACAAAGAUGAAAGUCAGCAAGACACUGAAGAAAUGGAAACAGAAAAUCUUUUCAAGGAAGAGUCUGAAAAUACUGAAGACAUAAAGGAAGAGGUGAAUACCGAAGAAUUUGUUGACGAUAAAAACCCCAGGCAAGAAAAUAAGAGCUUGAGUGAGAGCCAGAUAAGAUUUAUAAGUGAAAAAAUCGCAUCUGACUGGAAGAAACUCGCCACCAAAAUUGGGUACAAACCAGACGAAAUUGAGUUUAUUGUACAAAAUCAUAACACCGAACUGGCACAAGCUGAGAAUCUACUGUUGUUGUGGUUUGGUGACGACGAAGACGCUACUAUAGAGAAUCUUCUGUAUAUUUUGGAAGGGCUAGGAUUGAACGAGGCCUGUGAUUCGAUUAAGAGUGAAUUCAAUAUUUCUUAGUUCAAGUAAUAAAGUAUAAGAGAUGA